CAAUAAAAGAAAGACCCAUCCAUAAAUACAAAUCUAAGGCAAGCUCAUUAAUGAUUAACCAAGACAAAAAAAUUAUCUCUAAUAUAAAUAUUAUCCAUUACUUCACCCUUCACUCUCCGACACACACACAACAACAACAACACAACAAUGGAGCUAGUUACAAGCUUGACCAGCUGGUUAACUCCGACCACUCUCUUCCUCCUCCUCAAUUUCACAAUCGGCACCAUCUUCAUCGCCAACCGUUUCAGCUCCUCCGGUUCAAGAAAACACAACCCGCAUCAAGACGGUUUCCGGUCGGGUCAUGACCAAGGCCAGGCAAGGUUCGGCAGACCUCCUUCGCUCAUAGACAGAGUCAAGUCCAUCAACUUCAGUCUCUACAAUUCUCAUCCAUCAGAAUCCGAGAUCCACUUCUCCGGGUCGGAUCAUAACCCGAACCCACCUCCUUCUCUCUUUCAACGGGUCAGAUCCUUCAACAUGCCUUCCUUCAAGUUCCCACAACACAAUUCCGAAGGAGACUACGCUGCUUACAAUCUCAUGACCCGACCCGAAGAGAUUAACCGGGUCGACGACCCGAUCGACAAGAUACCGGAGAAUGACGUCACGACUGAACCUAGAGUCGGAGCUCCAUCACUCUUGCAGCGGGUAAAAUCCAUAAAGCUUCCUUCUUUAUACAGAUCCGAGCCAGAUCCGAUCCCCGAGGAGACAAAGCCGACGAGGACGAAGUCGGAGUCGAGCAAACCGGUGAAGAAGAAUAAGAAGAAAGCUACGGCGAAGAAGAUGACGAAAUCGGCUAGCGAGAGAUACACCGGACGGGAAGAAGAGACGGUUGAGGCCGUGGAGAAGAGUCGACCGGAGACAAUGAGAGCUGAGAUAACGACGCCGAUGGUCGACGGAGGAGGAGAAGAAGGUGUGGACGAUAAAGCUUCAAACUUCAUCAACAAGUUCAAGCAGCAGCUUAAGCUACAGAGGCUAGAUUCGUUCCUAAGGUACAGAGAGAUGCUCAAGAACGAGUAAACCAAAAAAAAAGCUUAAAAUUACGUUUUUGUCCUUCGUCGGAAUUUGUUGUUAGAACCUGGUGGUAAAUACGCCUGAAUCUGAAGGGCUUUUAGGUCAUUUCGACACAUCUGUUUUAGUUUGUUUGCUAGAUUUGGUGAUGACUGGUUAUGACAAAACUAGUAUGUGUCGUGUGCGUAAUUGCUGGAUCUGGACAUCUGAGUUCCACUUAAUCUUUUGUCGUUUAUUUACUCGGUGGUAAAAGUAGUUUAAUGCUGUUUUUAUUACGUGGAAACAAUUAUUCUAAUUAUUACUAGUAUUAUUUUCUGUAUGCAUCGAUUGUUGCGACCGAAGAAGAACAUUCAUCGAUA